AUGGGGCUGUUUACAUACUCCAUCUGUGUGCCCCCAAGUUCUUCAAGAGGCAGAAAUGCCUGGGAAAGGCCCUUAGAUGCCUUUGUCAUCCAUAAUGCCUGCCAAAAGGGGACAGAAGGAAUUACCUUCAACAUCAAAUUAAGGUUGUUAGGACAGUUCAAAGUGAGUGAAAAACUUAGUCAAAUCUCAAAAGCCUUUGGCCUUAUACUGUCUACAGUGGUAACCAUCUGAGAUAAUCAUUUUUUAAAAAUCAAGGCAUGUUCACAAAUACCUACUCCCUUGAGAGCUUUUUGGUUGACAUGCCGUAGAAGUGCCAUAAUGGAGAACAUGGAGCGAUUGUUGAGCAUGUGGCUUGAAGACCAGAGCCACCAGAAUAUGCCCUGUGUCAACAUUAUUCAGAAGAAAGCUAAAAACUUGAUGACUUUACAGGAGGAACAAAGAGAAACAUCUCAAAUGGAAAAAAAUUAG